UCGGACCCGCCGCUGCCCGGGGCGGGCGGCUGGAGGCGGCCCGGCUGCCGAACGGGCCCUCUCUCGGCAUAUGUGGGCUUCCCCCCCUAUUUUUGCCGCUGUAAAUUGUCCGGGGGGGGGGGGGCUUCGCCGCACCACGGUACUAGCGGGGGACCCCCCCGACGGCGGGGAUGAGUUUUAUACCCCCGGUGUGCGGAGGGAGACCCCCCCGUCUUAGGGGAGGGUGGGGAGCAGCGGGACGGUCUCCGGCGUUGAGGGGCUCGGCGGUGGGUUGCUGAGAACCUUUUCCAAGCCCCGGGGGACGGGGCCGGCGCGGUAAAGAGGUGCGGAGCGGCUCCGGGAUGGGGCGACAGCAGCCGCCUCCCCGGAGCUCCGGUACGGCGGGACGCACCGGGCGGUUCGUGCCCUGGGGAUAGCUGGUUACUUUCUGAACCCCUUUUCCGAGGGGGGAGCUUCUGGGGAGGCCGGUACGCGGCAGAAACACCGUUUGCAAGCGGGGUCGGAGCUGCCCGUGUGCCCCCGCAGCCGGUGCAGCCCUCCGGCAGCCGAGCCCCGGUGUCCCCGGGGCCGCCGUGCGCUCCCCGCUCUCUCCAACGGGGCAAAUAACGGAGGAAAGCGGUGGAUGGCUGGAAAGAACCGAAACGAGCCCCUCCGUGCCCCUCCACCUCCCCUGGCCCCGUCUCACCUCUCCUCUCUCCCCGCAGCCUUCCCACCACCGGGCUCGGUCCCCGGGCACCGGGGACCCUCCCCGGGCUGCCCUGGCCGCGUCCCGCCCGAGGCCGGCGGCUUUGCACCGUCCGGAGGAGAAUGCGGCACCUCGGGGUGUAUCAUUUCAAAGACAGCCUCUCCUGCGGAGCACCUUCCUCAGAAGAGUGAACCUCAUUGCGUGACUGAGGCUGAGAAGGGAUUUGUGGGACACUCAGAGCUUUGGGGCAAGCCCACGGAGCAGGUAGAAGGAAGAGGACAACUUCUGGUAGUCGCUUCCUCUCACUCUGGAGAUGGGCACGGGAAAGAGGUAGUGCCUGGAACCACAGCGGGCUUUCCCAGCCUGAAGUUGCACACCAUUGUGCUGACAGCCAAGGACCCAGAGGUGAAAGCAAUUGCAAACCCGAAAUGGACGGCCUUCUCUUUCGGUCUCAGAAAACAUGCAUGUGUAAAGACCAAAACCAGUGUAAUUCUGUUCAAAUAUUCUAAGAUACCAGCAACAAAACAAAAUUUGCUUUUGCGGGAUCAACAACACACAGGUAUGCGUUACACGUUAAAGGCCAGGUGAGACACUGGCAAAGGAUCUCUUCUUUCCUCCUGCACAGCACAGGCUGGACAGCAUCUUUUCAAAAUAAUGGAGAAGCACAAUUCUAUUAAUUAUGAUUACUGUGAUUAUUAAUUGUUUGUCCUAUGGCACUGCGUAGGAAUCCCUCUUCUGAAUCAGCACCGCCUCAUUUCAGAUGCUGUACAAAUACAGGAGGAAUAAAGGUAAUUCUUCCUCUGAAAAUCCUUUUCAGCCUUAAUCCUGCUAACCCUGGAGUUAAAGAUCAGAUUUCCAUAGGGAAGGAUCAGGGACUUUAAUGGAAAAAAUAUUACCGCUGGAAAAAUCUUAACUAGUAGAAGGAAGCUCCCAAAUUCUUUGCGAGAUCCCCACCUCCCAUUUAGUGAACGCAGCUGAACGCUCAGCAGGA